UUGUGGCGAAGUUGGAGAAUUCUCAUACUCGUCCAACGAAGGCAUCAAGGUGUCGUUCCAGAGGCUCGAUAAUUCGUCGCAGUUCGCCUGCAGAGUCGCUUGCGAUGCAGAGGUAUUCAGCCGGCCGGCAGCUCCUAAAAAACCACAGUCUGUAGAUACACCCCGCAGAGUCGUUAACUCCUGCUCUGAUACAGGUCCAUUACUCCUUCGGGAAUGCCGAUGCUAUGACUGUGACGGCCACAUAUCCUUACACUGUGGUAUUUGCUCCAAAAAUCGCCUGGGAGCUUUUGACAACUAUGAUUUCAGGACGGGCAUCGAGUUGGAGUUAACGAACCUGUGUCAAGGCUACGUAGACUUGACAGAGUCGUUUGGGCAAAAUGCCCCGAAGAUCAGGUUCCUCAAACUUUGCAUCCACGACAGAAUUCGGAUCCCUUACUCGGAGCUGGAAAAUCUGGAGGCCCUUGUCCUUCAGGACUGUCACAAAUCCAGCUUCAGCAUCUGCCAAAUCGACGCGCUGAAGAGAUCGGCGCCCCCGGCGACCUUGACACCGAGAGAGGCUGCGAGACCCUCCCUGAAGAAGAUUUCUGGAGCCUUCAUGACCUUGCCAAGAGCCGAAGACGUUCCCAAACUCAACCAGCUCUCUUUAACUAACGUACGCAUAGCUCUGGACGAAGGGUCACUGGAUUAUCCGAACCUGAGAAAAUUAGUCAUCGACUCAAUAAACGGCUUAACUGUGAAAGCCAACGCAUUUAGUCACCUUCCCUACCUGGAAGUGUUGUCUGUGAAAUCUUGUCAGGAUGUGCUUGAGAGCGAUGCCUACAAACUGACCACAUCUGCCAUAAGAGAAGUCAGCAUAGAAGAUCGAUGCGUCCAUUCCAUAUCUCCGAGAGCUCUUACUUUAGCAGAAGCGGAAGGACUCCUGGACAGCUAUAGCGCCGGAGGUGAAAAAUUAAGACUCCAGUUAACGUUCAACGAGAAGUACUUCGAUCAUAUUCCCAUGUGCCCCUUUAGACCUAUAGUGGAGAUGGACUUCGCUGAGGUAGUUUGGUCAUCAGUCCUGGGAUGCCGUUCAUGCGGAGGUAUCUGGUACUGGGAACUAACGUUAUCUCAGCACAAUGAUCUAACAGCUACGUGUUUCGACCCAGUCAGCGAGUCUACCAUGGCCCUCUGGAAUUACUUGGGAAGCAACCGACAACUUUGUAAUUUCCCCACUGGUUACACGGGAACCUGUAUUUAGCAAAAUGAAUUACGGAUUAUCAAAAAUACUGGAUUGAAUGAAAUGUGUUCUCUCUCUCUCUCUCUCUCUCUCUCUGACGUGUAUUCCAAAUAGUUUUUCGCAUAGGAAGUAAGCCUACAACACCGACAGCAUAUUUCGAUCAUAAAUAAAAAAAAAUACGUGUCUUGUGAAAUAAGUUUUUAUAAAUAAGAAAAACUUUGUAUGGCACCAAUACCUUUACAGAAUAAUAAUAAUAAUAAUGACACUAAUAUUAUAAGAAUGUAUUCUAUAUCUGCUUCCAAAAUGACGUUACAGAAGUUAUCAUUCUCCUGAACACUUUUUCAAACGGUUUGUGGUAAUCUCAUUUACAUAGAGUGAGGGCAUUAUGCUUCACUACAAAGCAUUUGCCAUUGGUGACGUGUCCUGUGAGGUGGUUUUCGAAGCAGACGAUCUUAAGCCGUUUCACCAUAUCACGGAAAAGUGGAAUAGUAAAGAAUUCUUAACAUGACGACAUUCACAUUGCCUUUACUCAUCUACAUUUUGUUUGUUGCGAUUUCGAAGACUCACAAACGCUCAAAUGAAAAUGUUUCUGAAAUUUAAAUCAAAGUCACAGAUUAUAUGUGUCUGCAUAACUAUAAUGCAUUGCAUGUAUAGCGCAAUGAAGCCUAUAUUGUUGGUUAAAAAUGAUUUCCUUCUGGCAUGUGUCUAGUGAGUUGUUUUGAUUCGUCCGACUACAAUAGUUUUUCAUUGCACAGAGAAAUAUUUUCCUACUCGCCAAUCUCCUUAACAGAAAUACACCACCCAUGACCUAUGUUUUUAAUCUAAGGGAGUUAUCAUCUAAACUCCAACGUAGGAUCACUGACUUCCACUAAGCUUGUAAAAUUUAGCUUAGACCUGUAGGCCUAUAUACCUGUAAUACUGCAUUUAGCAGUAAUCCUCAUGAUAGUAGCUUUGUUUAGUAGAUUGCUUUCACUGCCCCUCAGAUAAAAGAGAAACUUAUAUUCCUCCGAAAAAAAUAUAACAACUUACUAUACAAUGAAAAAAAAAAAAAAACUUAACAUUCGUAAGAACAAUAAAGUGAAUGGAAGAA